AUGGAAGAGGGAAGAAGAGAGAUGACGAGGAAACAAAGUUCAAGGUUUAAGAGCAUUUGCGUCUUCUGUGGUAGUAGCAAUGGCAAGAAAGCUAGUUAUCAAGAUGCCGCUAUUGAUUUGGGCAAUGAAUUGGUGGCGAGGAAGAUUGAUCUUGUUUAUGGUGGAGGAAGCAUAGGUUUAAUGGGUUUAGUGUCUCAAGCUGUUCAUGAAGGUGGUCGUCAUGUUAUUGGAGUCAUCCCCAAGCUACUCAAGUUGCAAGAGCUUACUGGAGAAACAGUAGGAGAAGUGAGAGAAGUUGCAGACAUGCACCAGAGAAAAGCUGAGAUGGCUAAGCAUUCUGAUGCUUUCAUUGCUUUGCCUGGUGGCUAUGGUACACUAGAGGAGCUACUUGAAGUGAUAACUUGGGCACAACUUGGUAUACAUGAUAAACCGGUCGGUUUAUUAAACGUUGAUGGAUAUUACAAUGCUUUGCUAUCAUUCAUCGACAAAGCUGUCGAAGAAGGGUUUAUUCUUCCAACCGCUCGACAUAUUAUUGUAUCCGCACCCACCGCAAAAGACUUGUUCCAGAAAUUAGAGGAAUAUGUGCCUCAACACAAGUAGUCAUAACACAUGCCAUAUAUCGAAACUGAGCUCCGAGACGAAUCAUACCAAACAAAUUUCGUAGAUGGACGAGUAAAGAUUUGAUCACCUCAUAGACAAUCUAAAAGUCGGAUUCUAUUGGGAAGUACAAAUUGUAACUUUUUAUUUCUGGAUUAUUUUUUUAGCAUGGUAUCAGAAAUUUCGGUUAAUGUGUUGUGAUAUAUAAAC